AUGAGAGCAAUCAUCAAAGCUGAUCUUCUUGCAACUACACGAGAAGUUGCCGAAGAAAUCAACAUCAACCAUUUUACAGUCAUUCGGCAUUUGAAGCAAAUUGGAAAGAGCAACUACUCUAGUGACACGGAAAGCGAGGACAACUUCCUCAUGAUGCCUCCGCGGGACCACCUGGGCCUCAGCGUGUUCUCUAUGCUCUGCUGCUUCUGGCCUUUGGGUAUCGCGGCCUUCUACCUGUCCCAUGAGACGAACAAAGCCGUGGCCAAAGGGGACUUCCACCAGGCCGGCACCAGCUCCCGGCGGGCCCUGUUCCUGGCUGUGCUCUCCAUCACAAUCGGAACUGGCAUCUAUGUGGGUGUGGCUGUAGCCCUCAUUGCCUACCUCUCCAAGAACAACCACUUAUGAGCUUCCUCUGGGUACACAGGGGAAGAAAGAACCUGGGGGCAGUUGCGUGUGGAUGCAGAGAAAUCAGGACUGGCAAGAGAGACUCAUAUGUGUAACACUGUAUAGUAUAAAUUAUUGCCAAACAGCUCCAUAACAACCUGAAAUUUUCUACCCAUGGAUUUCCUUGGUUUUUGCCCUUUAAUUUAAUGUUCACAGCACUGUGUAGAGCUCGAGACAAAUGGGCACUGCUAACCUUUCAAAGUGGAAGCUCCAAAGAUCCUGACCCACGAGACAAUCUCUGGAUGGUUUCUGGUGGAUUAAUGACAGUGUGGCUCUCUCUGCGGUCUGCCAGUGCCUGGAAUACCAUAGUAUUAAGCAGUAUACAAAUAGUAACAAUGUGUUUAUCUUUUAUGGAGUAUGGUGCAAUAGGGAGAAGGCAGGGGACAUGCCUUCUGUCUGUUGCCCUGGUUGACUCCUCUGGCAUUCCCCCAGUCCACUUGCCUUCCCUGAGCAGGAAGAGAGACAAUACUGCUAGCACGACCCAUGUUGUCACUGGUCUUCAAAUAGGUCCAGCCUUGAGCAUACAAAGCCAGAAUAGCAUGGGACCUGUCCCCAGGCCCAGUCUUUUAUUCCUUCCACACUGUCCCCAGCCUAGUAACAUCCACUCUUCCUUGGAACAUGUCCAAAUUCAGCAGCCACCACACAGCAAUCUGCAAUCUUGGGCCUCAUUGAUCUGGGGGUGGGGAGCAGGCCACAGUCUUUCCCUAAAACUCCUCCCAGAAAGACACCAAGGUUUGCUCCAGGAACUCAAAGCAAAGGAGCUUUAAGGAUACUCCCUCAGCAUAAAGAGUUGGCACUCACCUUGGUGAUAAGUAGUGGCACUAGUGAUUUUAGAAGGAUAUGACCAUUCUCUGUCAGCUAAAUCAACAGUUAUUUUCUUGUCAUUUUUUUAAGUGCAACUAUCGCUUCAUGCUGCUUAAGUUAUUAGAUGAAUGCUGAGAAAUAAGUAAUCACAGACAUUUUAAUAUCAUUUCUCUGCUGGUUCACGAGUGUUCAUUAUUCAACAAAAAUUAUUUUUUAGCUUUUUUGCUUAAGACUUUUCUUUCUGAAUAAUAACAAUUUUGGGGUUUCACUUAUAGUUUUUAUUUGUUUAAAUAAUUGCAGAGCCACCCAGGACUCAGCUGCUGAAACAGUAGUAGGGUCUCCUAAGAUGAAAAUUAAAUCAUCUCUGGCUGUUUGAGUUCCACCUUGAAUACUGUUAAUAAGUAUUAUUAUCCUGAUACUUUUGGUGGAUGCCUAGAUCAUCUCUCUAGGAGAGAUUCCACCCCAGCAUUUAUAGAAUUCCUGCUGCCUGGGUCCCAGCUCCAAAUUCCUGGUUUGAUUGAUCAGAGGUACAGCCUCAUGGUUCCAGUGUGUGGCACAAGUUCAGAACCACUGUUCUGAAGAAAGAACUCAAGUUUGAUCUCCCUCACCCUUGACCUUAAAAACUUAAUAUUUUGAAAAUUAUUGUCACUGCCUUCCUGGGUCAAGUCUAAGAUUCUCUAUCAUUUGGCUCUAAUGGAUGCUUCAAAAACAUACUCCAAAAAGAAUAUAUGGAAGAAGCCCAAAUGUCCCUGCAAGAGUCAGAGUAAUCUGGAGAUAGCAUGGAUUUGGGAUCAAAUCAACCUGGAUUUGAAUCCAGUUGUGCUACUUUCUAGCUCUGUGUCCCUGAGUAGAUGGGUUUAUUUCUCUGAACCUCACCUUUAGAAGUGGAUAAUAAAUGAGGCCCACUUCCUAGGACUUCUGCUGAGUGUAUGGACACAGAGCCCAGUCCCUGGCAUGGGUCAUGUGAGAAACAUGGGGUGGUCACCAUUAUUCCCAGUGUUCAGGUAGUUAUCCCACGACUUGUUUGUGUCCUCCCAUCUUUUCAGUGCUAUCUCUCAGAGUUUAUUCAUCAGGAGCCAUUGUGUGAAAUGGACUUAUUUGUACUUGUCCUAAAACAGUUCAUUUUAAGUUCAAGAGGUGCCCAAAGUGUCAUGUUUUUGGAUUUGGUUAAGAAGUGGAACCAACCCUGUGUAUCCCGCCCCACCAUCUCAACCACCACAUCAUGGUUGCUCUACACUAGCCCCUCUGUGCCCAGGUAUCCUGCCUCCUGCUAGACCAACCUCCCAUUCUCUCUCAGCCCCUGACUAUGCAGAUGAAAAAAGCCUCCAUUUAAAAUAUGAGGUAUGAUAAAAAAAUA